AAACAUUAAUGACUCAGACUGGUUUUGCUGCCUAAAUCUAUAAGCGACUUUCUUCUUCAAGAAACAAGUCCUCAGUCGAGUAGCUUAUAAUAAGAAGAUUGUCAACUCUGGAAAGAGAGAAGGAAUAUACACUAAAAGAAAAGAGAAGUAUUGUAUAUGUACACGUGUGUUUCAACACGACAGUGGAUAGUUUUUAUUGUGACGCUGUAAAGCAGAAAUCCCCCUGUUUUAUCAAUCUUCAUCCUUCAUUAGUUCUCAAUCAGGUCAGGACUGCAACAACAGGGAUGGCUGAGUAUUACAAACUCUCAGACAUCGGUGCUGUCAGCGGGUCCUCAAAUCACAGCGUUUCUCCUGGCGUGAUCAAAGUGGUACAAGAACAUGGAUACACAAUCGAGGACCAGCUUGGACGAGGGGCUUCAGGAAUAGCGUUUCUGGUGAAAGACGCAGAUGGAGAUCUUUAUGUGGUCAAACAGAUGAACUCCAGAGAUGAGGAGGAACUGGAUUCUGUCAAAAAGGAAGUCGAGAUCCUGAAAACUCUGCAGUUUGGAUAUGUUGUUACUUAUGUGGAUUCAUUUGAAGAUAAAGACGCGGGACGCAUUUAUAUUGUGAUGGAGUAUUGUGAAGGAGUAGACCUUUCAAAAAUCAUGGAAAAACAGAAAGAUGAGAGUUUUUUUGAAGAAAAACAGGUCCUCGACUGGCUGGUUCAGAUUUGUCUGGCUCUGCAAUAUCUACAUGAGAAGAACAUUCUUCAUAGAGAUAUUAAACCUCAGAAUGUCUUCCUGACUAAAGAUGGUUACAUCAAUCUAGGAGAUUUUGGAAGCUCAAAAGCAUUGGAAAGAACUAAUGAAUAUGCUAAUUCAAUUGUGGGAGCAAAGCCCUACAUCAGCCCAGAAGUUUAUAAGAAGAAAUAUAAUUUCAAGAGUGACAUAUGGUCAUUGGGAUGGUUGCUCCAUGAUCUCUGCAUGCUUGAUGUGUGGGCAGAUGACAUGCAGCGUAACAUACUUCAUUCUAUGAGCAUGGCAGGGAAACUCCCUCACGUCUCAGAGAGAUACUCAGAGGAACUACGGGAAUUAAUCGGUCAAAUGCUCAGCCCUGACCCUAAAGACAGACCUUCAGCUGAAGAGAUUCUAGCAAAACCGUUCCUGACAGAUGCGGUAGACAGAAACAGCAGAAUACCAGAGGCACUGCUACAGACUUUCACCAAGUCCAUCAGCGCCUUUGAUGGGGCCUACAACAGGCACUAUGAAGACCUCGAGGGUUUAGUUAGGGAGUGGGGAAGAACAACAGAUUCAAUGGAGUCUGCGCAUUACAGCGCCACAGCGGGGAGUCUGUCCGGGUCAGUGAUCGGAGCAGCGGGAGGAAUCACGGCAUUAGUUGGUUUAAUCUUGGCUCCGUUCACUCUUGGGGCGUCUCUGAUUGUUACCGGUGUUGGUGUUGGAGUGGGAGUUGCAGGUGGAGUAACUGGUGCUGCAUCCACCAUUACUAAUACUGUACAACAAAAAGCAUUCAGAGAGAGCCUUGAACAAAUUCAGCAGAAGUAUGAAUCUGUAAGCGAACCAAUUCUCACACCACUGAACACGCUGAGAAAGGUACUGAGAAAAAUUACAAAGUUCAGUGUUUUUUUCGGCAACUCGACUUUCGACAAUGUAAAAAUAUCAUGCAAUUUAGACAGGAGAAAUGUUUUGUGUGCCACACAACUCUUGAAUUUAGGUCUGUUGGCAAACAUCAGCAGAAUUGCUACUCAGACCGCAAGAGUAGGUCGGGUUGUAGCCGAAGCAUUCUCAGGAGUGUUAAGCGGACUACUAGUCAUCCUUGAUGUCGCCUUCAUAGUGCUGGAUUCUGUAGACAUUCACCAGAUGAGACAGGGAAAUGUAGAUGAUCCGGAAAAGGUCAAGUCCAGUGUCCUCAAAUCCAUUGCAGAGAUGAGGAGAACACAUAAUGAGCUUUGCAAUGUCCAGACGGAAAUAAAAAAAACAAGAGAGGAACUAAAAGACUAUAUAGAAUUGGUCAGGGGGGACAGAGAAAUAGACAAUGAUUUAAAUUGUUUAAACAUAUAGAUCACAACUAAGCAAGCCAAAAGCCAAAGGCGACAGUGGCAAAGAACCAAAACUCAAUCAGGGACAGAAUGGAGAACAAAAAACAACCCCAACUGUAUAUCAGACACUAUAAAUCCAUUAUAAACAUAGACGUGUAGGUUUGAUUAUGAAUUGUUUUGUAUAUGCACUUAUUGGGUGAAUUUAUAAUUAAAUCAACUAAUGGCCUAAAGGAUUCCAAGGUAAUCUUUGAUAAACACAGAAUAUGAGAAUAUUUUUAUAAGCAAGUGCUCUUGAGUUUAAACCAAAAUAAAUAAAGGAAAGAGUGUUGUUGUUGAGUC